CGCGUCGCGUCGAUGGCCGAAUUGAUCUGGCUCUGCUCUCGGCGCGCAAUAGCGCGCUGUCGCAGCAUACCACGAGCAGUUUCAUCCACAGCACUACGAGUAAUUAUCCACAGCGCAGAGCUGCGCGUACCGCUUUCCCUGCAAAAAACCGUGUGAGAGCACAGAGCGCCCGAGGCGCCAAGUCUGUGGAGCACAAAUUACUCGCGCCGCGACGCCAGUCGGCGCGAGCGCAUUCAAGAGACGCCAGUCGGCGCGAGCGCGGAAAAAAGAGAGCGCGAGCGCGGUUAAAAAGAGAUGGCAUCCAUCGCGACGCCGGCUGCGCGCGCGACGCAGCACCGCUCGCCGCCGCUGUCGCUGCGCAGCCAAGGCGGCACGGUCACGCCUAUCCCCGAUUUGGACGUCGUCGACCUCGGCCGGCGCGGCCUCCUCGCGCCGGACAUCACGUCGCCGCGGGUCUCCCGUCGCCAGGCGACGCUGCUGCGUGACGAAGGUGGGAAUCUGCGUGUCGUGGCCCAGGGCGUGAACCCGACGGCCGUGCUGACCUGUCGCGGCGAACUGGUAAGAUUGGCAGGAGGGUCCGGAGCGGACGUAGAGGUCGGUGACACCAUCAUUUUGUGCCCGGGGCGCAUGCUGCGCGACGGCGGCGCACGUGUGCUGGACGGCGACGAGGCGUAUACGAUUGUGGAGGCGGAGAUCGACAACCUACCCGCGGCCCUGCGCGAGAUCAAGCGUCUGCGGACGGAGCUGGCCGCGCGGCCGCCGGCGCCGCCCUGGCUCGGGCGGCGGACGCCGGCCGCCGAAGGCGAGGCUGCCGCUGACGGUGACGACGGUGACGCCGCGGCCGCGGCCGCCGACACGGAGGGCGAGGCCGCCGCCGACGAUGACGCCGACGCGGACGACAAGACGGAGGACGCGCGCGGCGGCGCCAGCGACGACGACGCCGACGAUGGAGACCGGGGCACGAAGCGCCGCGCCGACGAUGGCGAUGCGGCGCCUCCAGAGGCCAAGCGGCGGCGCGGGAACUGCGUGAUCUGCUAGCGACCGGCGCAGGCGCUGUGUAAGGUGAUAGUGUGCGA